AUGAGCGAUGGAAACAACCCUGCCAUGCAAGGACAGCAAUCGGUCAGCCUGGCUACGCAUGAGCAGCAGCCGACAAGCUUUGCCAUGCAGAGACAGCCGGCGACACCAGCCCGGAACAUUGAUCACUACAGCAGCGAGGAGGUCUCUCCUCGCUCCAGGCCAAAUAGGGCCCCUCAGGUCGAAGAUUACGGCGACCUCAUGGGGGCAGCACAGGCCCACCUGGCACGACUGAGCCAGAGCGUACCACAAACCCAGGGGAUAAGCCCUCCCACAACUCGGUCCUCGACUAAUUCUAGCAUCCCUCCUUUGUCACUAGCUGCUCCUGAAGAAUUGACGGCUGCUGUUGCCAACGCGUCCACGGCCGAAACGACACAGCAGUUCGCCCAUCCGACUCAACCUCAGCCCAGCAACGCACCCUCUCAAGAGCACCAUCAACCAGAAACCUUUGCAGAGUUCUGGGACAGCCUAGAUCCCUCAGAAUUCGACUCCCACAUCACGCCAGUCAACAGCGGUGAUCAACAGGAGCUGCCCGUCGACUUCCCGGACUUCCUCAAGACGAAUCAUCGAGCCGCGCAGACAGUGGCUGGCGUGCUGAACCAAUCCAGUAAGACUCUUUCCAUCCCCCUGAGAAGCAGAGCUGUGAGGGACGUGUUGAACAGUGCCCUGGCCGACCCGUCGAUGGUGGUUGUGUCAGAAGUCUUGACAUCGCUGGGUGCCAUCAACGCGGCGCCGGCGAACCAACACUCGUCGGCUCCGCCCACGGGAGUCUGCCCUCGAUCUUUCUUUGGGAUGGACGGGCCGCUUACAAGUCUCGUGGCCCCCGGUCGCUCCGCAACUGUGAGACCAGGACAUUCUGCUAAUGCCUAUCCGCGUGAAGGGGGUUAUACGCCACAUGAUAGUCUACGGUCGCCACCCGGCGCAGCUGUAAGCCAACAAGUUCCAUCGCCCGGCCUCCUGUCUCCCCCGGCUCGCUCAGCAGCCGGCAUCACAUCUCGCCCGCCAACUUCGACAACCGCAGUCAUGUCACCUCCUCCCCAUCCUCCGGCUGCCAUCAAUUCUGGCAACUCUCCUGAGCAAGCCAGACCUGCUUACAUGCAAAACAACACUUCUCAUCUGGAGCAUGGAAUGAGAGCCAAUGUCACUCCCUGGGAAGAGCAGUCCUAUCCUGAAGGCUCGUAUAGCGUACGAACGGGAUCAAGCCAGUCAUCCGCAACUGUUUUUACUGUUUCCACGCCACCGGAAGGACUCAGAAAGCAAGCGCGCAAGAACUCGCUGGAACGGAAGCGCAAGUAUGUCAUUGUACCCCGAAUUCUAUCUUUCUUUUCAACCGUCUUCUGUUUCAAAAUUUGGACGCCUUCUCACGUGUCCUCGGAUACUAGGAGGGAGGAGGAGGCGCUUAGAAGCGUCACCCCGCCUGAGUCUCCCCGUAUGGUUGGCGAGGUUGGCUUCCCCAGCGUCGUGGCAGCAUCAUAUGGCAACCAAGGCGAGCCCAGCAAGCGGUUCCGGACCGACUCGGGCCUCGAGCCGUUCCCGAGCUUGAUGGGCACUCAUCAGGCAAACGAGUCACGACCACGGGGGCACUUGUUCCCAGGCUACGCGGGCACUCGAUACCCAAUCCCGCCGGCCACGGCCUACACGAACAUCCAGCAGGCACAAGCAAGCAUACCACACUACACGAACAUCCAGCAGGCACAAGCAAGCAGACCACACUACAUGAACAUCCAUAGGACACAUGAGCCCAGCCCACCCUACAUGAUCAACCCGCAGGCACAGGAAACGAGCCCACCCUACAUACUCAAUCAACAGACACAAACCGCAGCGCCAGCGCACAUGACCCAUCAACAGACUCAGGCAGCACGCCCCGACCGCCAGCCUACUCGGGUGGACGCGGAGAUGCUUGCUGCCAUUGGGCCCUACGCGUCGCUGUUCUAG